AUGAAGCGCGCAGUGGACGCAAUGAGCGAAGCUUUCGACGACUUCAUGAAAGCCGCGACGCAUUUCCUCAGCCACCACACCUCCUCCGCCGGCCUCCGUACGCCGGAGAGCGAAACGGCGAUUCAGAAUCUCAGGGAAAAGUUUGAGUUACUACAGGAAACAUGUGACAGCGCCGAGGACUUCGUCUUCACCGCUCGCCGGAACCUCGCCGCCGGAGUCGCCGCUGGUGAUGGCGGGGGGAAAGUCAAGAACGAUUCCAAUGCUGAUGAUUCAAUGUCGGACGACACAUCGGCGGUCUCAUAUCCGUCGCCGUCGCACACUUCCGGCAGUCGGGUGUCGGCGGAAUGA